AUGACUGAGGUAACUAACCAUAUGGAAAAAUCCAGUGCUGAAAGAGAGCAAAUGAGCAAUAGCACGUUCUUAAAAUACACAUUUUGUGGAAGCGUGUGUGAGGCAAAGGUACACAUUAAGAUUAAAUUUCGGGAGACCAGGACGAAGAUUGCGGCGCCUGUGGCUGCGGCGGGGCCCGGGGCUUCGGGAGCUCCUCAGCUCCCUGUGUGUCUGUUGGUGUUGGGAAUGGCGGGUUCCGGGAAAACCACCUUUGUACAGAGGCUCACGGGACACCUGCGUAGGCAAAGCUCUCCACCUUACAUGAUCGACUUGGACCCACCUAUACACGAAAUCCCCGUUCCUGCCAAUAUCGAUAUUCAUGACACUGUGAAGUAUAAAGAAGUAAUGAAACAAUAUGGUCUUGGGCCCAACGGUGGCAUAGUGACCUCUCUCAAUCUUACCAGGUUUGAUCAGGUCAUGAAAUUUAUUGAGAAGGCUGAGAACACAUCUAAAUAUGUCUUGAUCGACACACCUGGACAGAUUGAGGUAUUCACCUGGUCUGCUUCUGGGACAAUCAUUACUGAGGCCCUGGCAUCUUCAUUCCCAACAGUUGUCAUCUAUGUGAUGGACACAUCAAGAAGUACUAAUCCAGUGACCUUCAUGUCAAAUAUGCUGUAUGCCUGCAGCAUCUUGUACAAAACCAAACUGCCUUUCAUUGUGGUCAUGAACAAAACUGACAUCAUUGAUCACAGCUUUGCAGUGGAAUGGAUGCAGGACUUUGAGGCUUUCCAAGAUGCCUUGAAUCAAGAAACUACAUACAUCAGUAACCUGACUCGCUCAGUUUACUACAUGUACUUCCAACUUCAGAAUUUUGUUUAG